CCCCACCCCACCCCACCCCCAGCCAUUCCUCGGCCAUGGGGCAGCAAAAAUGUUUUUAAAAAAAUGUAAAUAAAUACCGGGCUGGGCGGUGGGCAAUGGGGAGUCAUUUGAUGUGUCUCUGGGGGGCCCUCGAGGCAGCAGGGCCCAAAGACAACGGCCUCCCCAUGCCUAACAGUAGUUACGCCCCGUUUGCUUUUAAUAUAGCUCUUCGGAGCAGGCGUAUAUAACCUGCCGUGAGGGGAAGGGUGGCGUGCGCGUGCGCAUUCGUUUUCUGCGUAGCCAUUUUAGUAGGAGGCGGCGGAGUGCAGGGAGGACGGAAGCGGACCUCCAGGUAGAGGGAGGGAAACGAUGCACCUGAAGAGGAUGCAGUGCUUCCUUCUGGCUCUUGUAGGACUUGAAGAUCAAGUUGUAUCCUAGAGAUUUGUCAUUUGCGCACACAGUCUUCUGUCUUGCAGUCUUCUUGUAGUGCAGCCAUGGGGAACACCACCAGUGAGAGGGGGUCUGGAGAGCGCCACAGCUCAAAGUCUCAUCGCUCUGAUGGUGCCAGCAGCUCUCACCAUGCCAAGGAUCAGCCACACAAAAUCAUGGUGGGCAGCACUGAUGACCCCAACAUCUUCAGCACCCAUGACUCAAAGCUUCCUGGAGAAAAGGAUUUUGUGUCAUGGCAGCAUGACUUGGAUGAGUCAACCAAGCCAACCCAGCAGGCUCGUCCUACUGUCAUCCGCUGGACUGAUGGAGGCAAGGAAGUUUUCAUCUCUGGAUCCUUCAACAAUUGGAGCACAAAGAUCCCCCUCAUUAAAAGCCACAAUGACUUUGUUGCUAUUCUGGACCUGCCUGAAGGUGAACACCAGUACAAGUUCUUUGUGGACGGCCAGUGGGUUCAUGACCCCUCAGAGCCAGUAGUCACCAGUCAGAUGGGAACAAUUAACAAUCUGAUUCAUGUCAAGAAGUCUGACUUUGAGGUGUUUGAUGCUUUAAAGGUAGAUUCCCUGGAAAGUUCAGAGACUUCCUGUCGAGACCUUUCUGGCUCCCCUCCUGGAAUUUAUGGCCAAGAAAUGUAUGUGUAUCGUGCUGAAGAACGUUUCAAAUCUCCACCAAUUCUCCCUCCCCAUCUCCUCCAGGUCAUCCUUAACAAGGAUACUAAUAUUUCAUGUGACCCAGCCCUCUUGCCUGAGCCAAACCAUGUCAUGCUAAAUCAUCUCUAUGCACUGUCCAUUAAGGAUGGUGUCAUGGUGCUCAGUGCGACUCAUCGCUACAAAAAGAAAUAUGUCACUACCCUUCUCUACAAGCCCAUCUGAAUUGAGCCUCUUCUUCACCAUGGGACACAUGGAGACUGCUGCUUUGUCUGUGCCCACUGGAAUACAAGCAGGCAUUGAGAGGCAGUCUACUUCUAGACAUUUCUGGCAGAGGGAAAUGCUCUGUAUGAUGCCAGCCCCUGUCUUAGUCUUGCAGUCUGAUUAAGAACCACCUUCAAUGAUGAUUGACAUUCAACUUGCACCUCUUAGUGGCACAGAACUGGUAACACCAAGUUGUUGGAUGCAUUAUCUCUCACACACUGCAAAUUAUGAAGAAAGUGCUUUAACUUGGGGACUGUUAAGGAAAGAUAGAACCUCAAGUCUCCCUUCCUUAACGGUCAGUCCCGGAUAGCCUCCUGCAAUCCUCCCACCCUUGAGAACUUCCUAGGAAUGGAAAAAAAUUGAAGCAGAGAAUGGUAACUCCUUAUUUCAGUUGGCCCCGGGAGAAGCACCUGUUCCCUGCCAUCCUGAUAGUUGUAUGUCAUCGUCGUCAUCACUUUCAACUUAGAUGCUUUACAGUUAGAAGAAGAAACAAUUCCAAGGCAGGGCUUUUCUGCAAGUAAUGGAGGAUGCGUCUUAUCAGUUGGUAUUAAUCAUAUUGUUAAUAUGGAACCUCCAGAUUUAGAGGUAGUAUACCUGUGAAUAGCUGCUGUUGAGGAGCAACAGCAGGAGAGGACUACCUUCAAGCCCUGCUGGUGGGUUUCCCAAAGACAUCAGGUUGGCUAUUGUGAGGAAGAAGAUGCUGGACUAGAUGGGCUGAUCCAGCAAGGCUGUUCUUGUGUUCUUCCAAUCUGCCACUGAGGGCCAGUCACAUUUGCAGCCAACAGUAUGGUUUGUCAGAUUGUAUCUUGUUGAAGCAGCUGUUGCACGAUUUGGUAUGUGUAAGGAGGACACCUGAGUCCUACCCACUCUUGCCAAGGGAUGUUUUUGUCCUUUAAGACAUCAGUUAGGUUCUGCAUGCAGUACCUCUAUGGAGUGGGAAGCAUGGAUGUGCGUUUCGUUUCGGAUACAAAACGUUUUGUGCACAAAACAGGCCGUUUCGGCUGUUUUGUAGCCAAAACAAAACACCCAAUGCUCAAAACAGAAAAUUUUGUAGCCAAAACAAAACGUCCCUGUUUCGGAUACAAAAUGUUUUGUUGUUUCAGAACGCCAUUUUGCAAUCGCAGAAAGUCUUUCUCCUUCAGUCUCUGUUUUGAGUUUUGACAUCUGUUUGAAUUUCCAGCCCUUCCAGCUCGCAGAUUGGCCAGUGAAAGCAUGGGCUGAUCUGCUGGCAAUUGCCUCCUUAUUCCUUUUAAGGAAGUUUAAGGGUAAAAUAUACCCUCAUUGCCCAGUGGGGCAGUGUGCAUUUCAUUGCUGUGUGUAGAUCAAUUGCAUUUCUGGGUGGGGGGAUGUGCAUGUGCAUGUGCAUGACCUUUGGAAAUCUGCCUGAUUUUUUCCAAAGCUCUGCUGUUGUUGAUGUGUGAUGUUGAUGUUAUUUGGGGUGGAUUUGGGGCAGAAAGGGGGCUUUGGGGGCAGAAGAGUGGUUCAGAUAGUAGUGCCCCAAUGGGUGCCUGCUGCCAUCCAGAAUUCCAAAGGAAUUGGGGAAAGGGCUGAUUUUUAAAGAAUUUCUGAAGUUGACAUGUCUUUGGGGCAGAUUCAGAGCAGAAAGGGGGCCUGAGGGGCAAAACAGUGGGUUGAGUGGCAGUGCCCCAAGGGGUGCCUGCCACUUGCCCUAUUCCAAAGGAAUAGGGCAAAGGGCUGAUUUCUUAGGAAUUGUUGAAGUUUAUGCUUCUUUAAGGUUUCCCCCCCCAGGGAAUAAUGGAGGUUUCAGAAGACCCAUAACUCCACCUGGGGGGCACUGGGGUAGCAGGGAGCGAGUGGUGGUGUAGUGCACACAGGGUGCCAACCACCCCCAUGGGUUGCUAACCCAUGGGGUGUUGGGUUCUGUUGUUUCUUAGGUGUUCUGAGUAUAGAUUCUCUGGUAGCAUAUGAGAUUUUCAACGACAAACCAUGAAUCCACUCUCAUAUGCUACCAGAGAAUCUGAAUCUACACUCAAACAUCUCAGAAACAACAGAACCCAGUACCCCA